AAGUUGUAGGGUUGAAUAUUGUGAAGCUAAGAAUACAUGUAUAUUUGUCAGUACAGUACCACCCCAAAAUCUUUAUCUUGAAUCGAACAAAGCCGGUAGCAGCUCCGGCGACGAUUGGCGGCUCCGGCGACUUUGUAUUGUGCGAGCAGUAAUUUCAACGUCACAGGCCACGAAUUGGAGCUCAUUUCCCAUGAAAUAAGCUGCCAAAAUUCAGCGUUAUAGUAUCUGGAAAAGCUGGCAUGAGUGCAUGGCAUGCCAUCAUUUGUCAAAUUAUGUCAUUCACUCGUUUUCCAGGAGUCUUUCUUUCCAUGGGAGGAACUUUUUAAUGAUUCAAAGGGCUGGAAACUUGUGCAAUCUUGUGAGACUGAGGCCUUAUGGGACUCGUCCGCGAGCCAUAUGUUUUAACAAGGAUUCCUGCAAAUUCUCUGGUAGUUUGGACUCGGAUUUAUUUGGAGUUCCUUUCAGAAAAUAUUCAACAAAUCAGGAGAUAUCUACUGAAACUGAAGGAACAAACUGUGAAAACACAAUUUCUGACUCCGUUAAGACUGUUGAAAAAUCAAGCAAUCUUGAUUCUUCAAAUGGUAGAGUUAUGCUUAUUGAUGGCACAUCGGUCAUUUAUAGAGCUUACUUCAGGCUUCUUGCAAAGUUGCACCAUGGUCAUCUAUCAAACGCUGAUGGCAAUGGAGAUUGGGUCUUAACUAUAUCUACUGCUUUGUCUCUUAUAAUUGAUGUCCUGGAGUUUACUCCUUCACAUGUUGCGGUGGUGUUUGACCAUGAUGGAAUUCCAUUCGGUCAUACGUCUGUUUCGUCCAAACAAAGUUUUGUGGGAAAAGGCCUAAACUUUCGUCAUACUCUCUACCCUUCAUACAAGAGCCACCGCCCUCCUACUCCUGAUACCAUAGUUCAGGGACUUCAAUACUUUAAAGCAUCUAUUAAAGCUAUGUCCAUUAAAGUAAUUGAGCAGGUGCCAGGGGUUGAAGCUGAUGAUGUCAUUGGUACAUUGGCCGUAAGGAGUGUCAAUGCUGGGUUCAAGGUACGAGUUGUCUCUCCUGACAAAGAUUUUUUCCAAAUUCUAUCUCCUUCAUUACGUCUUCUUCGAAUUGCACCUCGUGGAUCAGGGUUGGUUUCGUUUGGAAUGGAGGAUUUUGCUAAGAAGUAUGGAUCAUUGCAACCUUCUCAGUUUGUUGAUGUGAUGUCACUUAUGGGGGACGAGUCCGACAACAUACCAGGCAUCGAAGGAAUCGGAAUUGUGCAUGCUGUUAAAUUGAUCACGAAAUUUGGUUCAUUGGAGCAGUUGUUGGACCAAGUAGACCAAGUUGAGGAGGAACGAUUCAGAAAGGCCUUGAUAUCAAAUGCUCAUCAGGCUAUCCUAAGCAAGAACUUGGCAAUGCUACGUUCAGAUCUUCCAUAUUACAUGGUUCCAUUUGCAACUGAGGAUCUCAGAUUUAUGAAACCAGAGGACAAUGGGGAGAAAUUUACAAGUCUCUUGACAGCAAUCAGUGCUUAUGCAGAAGGAUUUUCGGCCGAUUCACUAAUCAGAAGAGCGAUUUAUCUGUGGAAGAAGCUUGAUACGACAUGAUUCGGAUGUUUUCUAGUUCCCUAACAUGGCCAAGAAUCAAGUGCACUAACAACUGCUUAUAGUUUUGCUUAUUCAAUGGGUAUAGGUGUAAAGUUGGCUAUUCCACCCUUGUAACCAAAUGGUCCAAUUUUCCCUAGUUCUUGAGCUUGUCCGUUUAGGUUUUCAAACAUCAAGUUUUUGGCAUUAUUUUGGAAUUCAAAAUGAAUUAUGACGGCACAAUUGCAAAUAGCUAGUAUGAGAGAAGAACCCAUUAACCGAGUAAGAAUUUGUGCUAAUUCUUGAAUCUAAUAUGGCA